UAGUAAGGCCUGUAUCUACUGUGGGGAUGAGGACCACCAAAAGAGAGAUUGUCGUGCGAUGAUGAAAGCCCUGAUGGAAGGCAUCAUCGAGUUGGAUGAUAGGAAGUAUGUGAUGUGGGCGGAUGAUGGGAAGUCAGUGCCCUUCUUACCCUCGAUGAAGAUCAAUGUAGAUAUCAGGAGGCGAAGGAUGAAUGAGGCAAAGGGGAAACAAGCACAAGAGUCAGCGGCAGCGAAGGUUUCCCGGGUGACAUUUGAGGAGGAUCUCGAGGGGCUACCGGAAAGUCCUAGGAUGAGGAUUUCUUCUAUUAAGUUUGAAGAUACCAAGGAUAAUGGUGAAGUUUACGUUUGCACUCAGGAUGUUGGCGAAUCGAAUAAAGGAAAGAAAGAAGACCAAGACCAACCAAUGACGGACGAACAGGUGGAGUCGCCUAAGUCACCUCAGUCUCCUAGAAAAAGAGGGGCCAAGAAGUUUCAGUUGAAAAGUUCACUGGAUGAGGUAGAUUUGAGGGAGCCGUUAAGGAGGGCUAUGGAUAUGCCCAUUCCUAUUACCUUGAAAGAGUUCAUAGCCAGUUGUGGACCAGCGCGAGAUGAACUAAUAGGAAUGAUGAAGAAGGCUAAGGUGCCAUUCGGGGAGACUGCGGCUUCAAGCGAGCCGAAGAUAGAAACGAAGGCAUCUAUUCUAGCGGCGGAGAAAGGAAGAGUAGAACAUGAAGAAACCAAUGAUGAUGGAGGCGAUUAUUUUUAUGUUCUUCGUAGCGGGAAGUUGAACGCCACCGUCAAUGGGAUAAGGAUGGAAGCUAUAGUAGACGACGGGUCUGAGUCUACCGUCUGUGAGGAUAAAGUGGCCCGAAAGCUGGGUCUAGAGGUGGACAGGAGUGUAGCCAUGACCAUGGUAUCAGCCAACAAGCUAAAGCAGCCAGCCCUAGGGGUGUGUCAUAAAGCCAAGGUCGUAGUCACUGGGGUCGAGGCCACUCUACCUGUAUUCACAGUUGAACACUGCUCGUCGGCGCUAAUCCUUGGACGAACAUGGCUGACACGUGUCAAUGCCACCACCGAGAAUAAGCGUGAUGGGAGCCAGACGGUGACCAUUGACGGGCCCGAGGGAAGCAGAGUCACCCUAAAAACUGUGAAUGAAUUUGACAAACGUCAUAAGGUUUCCCUACAGAACAAUGGACUGUUAAAAACGAAAAGUUGUCAGAUGAUUCCCGAGGAAGUCACUCUUGGGCCGCAUAAAGUGAAAGGAGUGAAGAUUGAAGUUGAGGACUUGGAGGACAGGUACGUGGUCGAUGGAAUGGCUUAUGAGAAGGAGGUUGACGACGAUGAGUUUGGUGGGUGCAUGAACCUAUCUUUUUUGGAGAAAUUCCUCCACACAGCGGGGGAAAAAGAUACAAAACAGUAGCACAAAAAGUCAAGCCUGCCGCGGUCAGCCGUGAUAGGAUCGGGGAGAUAGAAAUCACUAAGGAAGAGAUCACUCAGAUGAUUAGGGAGCGAAAGGCGACUGAAGGGCAAUGCAUUACCGAUGACAGGAUAAAGGGGAUGGACAUAG